UUCAACCCUCUUGUGGAUUUUUCCAUCAAUCUCACUCGCAUUAAUUCCAAGAACUUGUGUGGAUUCGAUAUUUGAGUUCUUGUAAUGGAUAUAAUCUCUCAAUUACAAGAACAAGUUAAUUUGAUUGCACAACUAUCUUUGAAUACCGUUGGUACAUUGCAAAGGGAUGCACCUCCUAAUCGGCUUUCUCCGAAUUACCCUGAACCACCGCCACAUCCUACGGAGGAUGGGGCUAACUUUUCCGAACAGCCAAAGCUGAUGAGUGCUGCAUUGGUGAAGGCGGCAAAGCAGUUUGAUGCAUUGGUUGCAGCGCUUCCAAUAUCUGAGGGAGGUGAAGAAGUACAGCUCAAAAGGAUUGCUGAACUACAGGCUGAAAAUGAUGCAGUAGGCCAAGAACUUCAGAAGCAAUUGGAAGCUGCAGAGGAGGAAUUAAAUCAAGUUCGUGAGCUGUUUAUGCAAGCGUCAGAUAAUUGUUUGAACUUGAAGAAACCUGAAUGAAGAAAGUUCUUAUUUAGUUGCUUGUGUUCAUGGUGGGAGAGAUUAGCACUUUGGUAUCUGCAUGCCACAACUUCAUCACUAUACUUGACAUGAAUCUGCAGGAGGAUUUUCCAUAGAACUCUUACAUACAUGAAAUAACUAGAUUUUUUAUGUUUUAAGUUGUACAUGUCAUGCUCGUGACCUUUUUGUAGAAACUAGAUUAAUUAGUGAUAUGAUACUUGUAAUUAUUUUGCUCUUCCCGAGGAAAAGACUUAUUUCACCCAACUUUGUACCAAAUUUCGUAGUAUGUGCCUAUGCCUGUGUUCCCAGUUGAUUAGAUGAGUGUUUAUUUUACAUAAGACAUCUUAUAGUGUUGUG